AUGCGUUUCUCCAUCGCUGCUACUUUGGCCACCCUCACCAUGGGUGCUGCCGCUGCUCAGGCUGCCCAGCAGGCCAGCACUGUCGUGGUCACUGACUACACCACCUACUGCCCCAAGUCGUCGUCUUCGAUCGUCCACGGCAGCGAGACCUACAGUGUCAGCGCUCCUGGCCCUGUUACCAUGACCGGCGGUCCUUACACUGUCACCCGUCCUCUGAUCACCUCGACCAUCACCCACUGCAACAAGUGCACUAGCUCCACCCCCGUUGCUCAGUCCCCCUCCAGCAGCGCCGCCGUUACCCCCUCCUCGAUCCCCCACUACUCCCCCAGCAGCAGCUCGAUCGUGGUCUCCUCCAGCGCUGUCCCCUCCAGCUCCGCUCCUGCUAUCGGCACCCCUCGUCCUUCUGGCGCCGCUGCCAACCCCUCCGGUAGCCCCUCCGGUACCUCCCCCGCCACCCCCGUCUUCACCGGCGGUGCCAACCGUGCUGCUGUCGGGGCUGGUGCCGGUCUCGCUACCGUCUUCGGUCUCGUCGCUUACCUCCUGUAA